AUAUUACAAAGCAUUAUCUGUCCGUCGUUUGAGUGAAUAGGUUUGAGACGUUAGUUUUUUCUUAGUACUUUUCUAUUUAUACACAAUGAACGGAAAUGCUACAGUGAUUGAAAAUAACUUAGGGGCACCUAAGUUACGCAAAGGAUCAUACAUAGCUCCUCUUGAUGAAGAAUCCAUCACACUAAUAUUUUCACCGGGAAAUGAUAGCGUUGGAACUCUGGCCAAGGCUUUAAAACUCUUCAAGGAAUACAACGUGAACCUGUUGCAUAUCGAAUCCCGAUCGUCGGACAGGAUACCGGACCAGUAUGAGUUUUUUGUUGAAUGCGCGCCAGGUGGUAACGUGCCCAAGGUGGUGGAAAUAUUAAAGAGCACGAUGACGUACUGUUCUGUGGUAUCUAGAAACAAUCUCAACGACAGCAAAGUGAAAGACAUAUAUGUACCGUGGUUUCCGUUGCGGAUCCGAGAUUUGGACAAAUACGCCAAUCAGAUUUUAUCACAUGGAGCUGAAUUGAAUGCCGAUCAUCCCGGGUUUACAGAUCCUGUAUACAGAAUGAGGAGGAAGUAUCUGGCUGACACCGCUUUGAAUUAUAGGCAUGGAGAUCCAUUACCUCAUAUUGAAUACACACAACAAGAAGUAGAGACGUGGGGCACAGUGUUCAGGGAACUAACUAAAUUGUAUCCGACACAUGCGUGUAAUGAAUAUAACCACUUAUUUCCUCUAUUCGUUGAAAAUUGUGGUUAUAGAGAGGACUGUAUACCACAAUUUGAAGAUAUUUCCAAUUUUCUUAAGGACAGUACUGGAUUCACUUUGAGGCCUGUUGGCGGGCUUCUUUCGUCCAGAGAUUUCUUAGCCGGACUAGCUUUCAGAGUAUUUCAUUCCACACAGUACAUCAGACAUCACAGUCGGCCAUUGUACACGCCUGAGCCGGACAUUUGUCAUGAACUGUUGGGCCACGUACCAUUGUUCGCUAAUCCAGCUUUUGCACAAUUCUCUCAAGAAAUUGGACUAGCGUCGCUUGGCGCCCCCGACGAUUACGUUAAAAAAUUGGCCACGUGUUAUUGGUUCACUGUCGAGUUCGGGUUGUGCCGACAAAACGGCGAGCUGAAAGCGUACGGCGCCGGAUUACUGUCGUCGAUUGGCGAACUCCAAUACUCGUUGUCGGGCAAACCGGAGCUGAAGCCGUUCGAUCCCGAGGUGACCGGCGACCAAGAGUACCCGAUCACCGAGUACCAGCCUAUAUAUUUCGUGGCCGAGAGUUUCGACGAUGUCAAAGACAAACUCAUAAAAUUCGCAAAGACGAUACCGAAACAAUUCGGAAUUCGGUAUAACCCUUACACGCAAAGCGUACAGGUGCUGGACUCGAAACUGCAACUGCAAGAGUUGGCCAACAACAUCAGCAACGAGCUUCAGAUAUUGCGUUACACGCUCAAUAAGAUGGAUUGAACACUCAACUGCAUCUCCGUUCUACCUGUGUAUAUAUAUAAUAAUAGUUUAGUGUCCCAUUAUUAUUAUUGUUAUGUCGAUGUUGCUGCUAUAACUGUUGUUGUAUCGUACCUACCGCGUAAUUAUAUUGUUAGAUCUUUAUUAUCA